AUGGCUCCUCAGAUCCGCAGACUCCAGAUUGCCGUGUCCGGACUCGGCCGUAUGGGCGCUCGGCAUGCAAACCACUUUCUGCAUCGCACGCCGCGGGCAGAGCUGGUUGCUGCGUUCACGCCAGACCCCAAAGAGCUGGCAUGGGCAAAGGAGAACCUCGAGCCCUGGGGCGUCAAGACCUUUUCUGACUAUGACGAGAUGCUGAAGCACUCGGGCUUGGAGGCCGUCUGUGUAGCAACCGCCACCACGGUGCACGCCGAACAGACCAUCAAGGCCAUCGAAGCCGGAAAGCAUGUUCUUUGCGAGAAGCCGCUGAGCACAAAGCUCGAGAUUUCUGAGCAAGUCCUCCGUGUCGCGAAGGCGCACCCCAACCAGAAAGUAAUGUGCGGCUUCUCCCGUCGCUUCGACGCCUCCUACCUCGCUGGCUACCAGAACGCGCUCUCGGGCUCCAUCGGACGCCCCACCAUCCUCCGCUCCCAAACCUGCGACAAGUACGACCCCUCAGGCUUCUUCGUCGCCUACGCUGAGUUCAGCGGCGGCAUUUUUGUUGACUGCAACAUCCACGAUAUCGACCUCGCGCUGUGGUUCUUCUCUGAACAGAAGCAAUUACCAAGAGUGAAGAGCGUCAUGGCUGUCGGCGUCACCGCGCUAGAGCCCGACCUCGCGAAGCACGGGGACGUAGAUAACGGCGUGGGCGUAGUAGAGUUCCACGACGGGCAGAUCGCGUACUUUUACAGCAGCAGGAUGAACGCGCCGGGCCAGCACGACAUGACGGAGAUUAUCGGCACAAACGGCAAGCUCACCGUCAACGCCAACCCCACGCUCUCCCUCACUGAAGCACACACCCCCACCGGCAUCAGCCGCGAGAUUCCCCAGAACUACUAUGAGCGCUUCGAGAAUGCGUUUGUGGAGGAGGCACGGCAAUUCACCGACGCAGUGUUGGAUAACAAGGCUGUGCCCAUCGACAUGGAGAGCAGCGUUGAGGCGGUCCGGAUCGGUGUUGCGUUGCAGGAGUCGCUGCGUAGCGGGAGGAAGAUCUUCUUUGACCGGCAGGGCAACAAGGUCGAGGAUGGGACCCGGGCGAAGUUGUGA